AUGUCCGACUCCGAUCCUCCUCCCGCCCAGCCGAGUUUGCCAUGGCGCAUGACCUCGACGGCUCUGAUGGGCUGUGUCAGUAUGCUCACGAGAGGGUUCAUGUACGGCCUGAACGACCUUGAAGUGCGAGGGCUGGAUGGAUUGCUGGGUGUGCUUGAGCGGCGGAAAACUCAAGGCCGCGAACGUGGGUUGCUGACAGUGUGUAAUCAUGUCGCCGUACUCGAUGAUCCUCUAAUCUGGGGCAUUUUGCCAUUUCGCUACGCUUUUGACAGUGCCAACAUGCGAUGGGGCCUCGGCGCCCACGAUAUUUGCUUCAAGAACAAGGCCACAUCGACGUUCUUCAUGCUUGGCCAAGUACUUCCCACUCAUAGGUUAUGGCACUCUCCGUAUGGCGGCUUAUACCAGCCAACAAUGACUCAAGCCAUCAAGCUCCUCUCUGGUCCAUCUCCAUCAUCCUGGUCGACAGCCUCAGACUCGGCCCUGGCCACAAUUCCAUCUUCAACACCAGCUCCUCCUGUCCCCGAACCUCUUUUCUUCUCUACCAAUGGCGUCGACAACUUCACAGCACCCGCCGCCUUCUCAGCCAACCGAAAUGCUUGGCUUCACGUCUUCCCCGAGGCCUGUUGCCACCAGAGUCCGGAUAGUGGGCUACGAUACUUCAAGUGGGGUGUAUCUCGCUUGAUCCUUGAAAGCGACCCGGCCCCUGAGUUCAUCCCCAUGUUCGUCCAUGGGACUCAACACAUCAUGGCCGAGGACAGGGGCUUCCCGAGGUUCUUACCACGCAUUGGAAACAAGGUCAGGAUAGUGAUAGGUGAGCCAACAGAUGUUGACCAAGUCUUUGGCCACCAGCGGGCGGCAUGGAAGAAGCUUGUUGAAAAGGGAGAUCCAGAGUUGCUCAGGGAUAGUCCGGAAGCCAGGGAGCUCAGGGUCUCCGUGGCUAAGCGUGUAAGGGACGAAGUCGAAAAGUUGAGAGAGAGCAUAGGCUUCGCAGCCGAAGAGGAUGGCACAGCUGCUCUGGCAGAAACAUGGGCCAAAGAUCCUCACAAGAAGAAAUACAAGAGCCCCGUUGAUGGGAGUCUUGUUAAUAGACACUGA